AUGUUCGUUCAGAUUGUUCAGCUCGUGUCAUAUCUUGUAGUAAUCUCCGUGAAUAAGGUCGAAGGUAUAUGUGGGGAUACUGUACGCUGGUCUCAUAGAGUCAAUAUAGAUGAUGUCUUUGGGGUGUGGUACGGAGUGGGCUACGCACAACAUAACCCAGAUAUGACGAAUAAGCCUAAUGAAGUCGGAUGCGUGUCUCUUUACAUAACCGACGCAACUAAUGAAUUUGAAGACAAUUGGCUUGAUUGGUCUUUCCAGAGAAGAAAUUUUUCAGAUCAGAAUUGGCGUUCGUCUAAAAGCAAUCCUUGGUCAGGAGACAAGUUGGCUGGAUCGUGGCUUGAUAUACGUUUAAAACGGAGAGCGAAAAGGGAUUCUUUGGAUGAGAAACGUAUUAGAGUUCUGUGGGAUGAAGAUGGUCACAGUCUUGAGCAAAUUUAUUUAUAUUAUCCCGAGGAGCCAGGUCUUUGGACUGCAGAGAGACUGCUUCCUGGAGAAAGGCAGUUAAUGUCCAGAGGAAUUGAUGUCUGGUAUCCAGAUGACCCACCUCGUCAUCCAGAUGUAAUUCGGCUACUGAAGGUCACUCCGAACACGCUGGUUCUUAAUCAUUGCGCUGAGUUGGGUAAUGGUGGUAUAUUUACACUUAUAUUACGAAGAUCACCAUCGAGGGUCCAGAAAUGGGAGUGGUAUCAGUACCAGAGAGAGUUCUAUAAAUUCGAACUACCCAACGUGUACAGAUAUUCAGCUGUCUGUGGAACAGCUAUCGCUUUUAGUUCAAAUAUACUUUUAACAGUCUUAACUUUUUUUGCCAGUGUACUAUAUAAAUGA